UUUUAAUAUAUCUUUUUCGCAUCUAUACUACGUUAGACUAUGUAAGCGUUUAAUGUUUUUAUACUCUUUUUAUAAUACUGUGGCGCUUUGACAGCUCAACACCGUGCCUCUUGUAAGCUUUCUGAAAUCGCGUAUGUAAUAAUUUUAUUUUGUAAUAUCUUUUGAUAUACGUGUGAGAAAUAACAUGUAUUUCGUAGUAAAAUUAGAGUAUGUAGUUUCUUAGUUUAUACUUAAGUGCACUUACAGUGUUACAUAAAUAGUAGAGUGGUAAUUGAGUCGGCAAUCCAUGUCUACAACAAUACGUCAGUAAAUUAAUGUUGGCUGAUAGAUAAUGGAUGUGGAUACUCCUAACAUAUUGAAGAGGUGUAGUAGUGCACCUUUGAUCAAUGAGGCUGCAUCAACGACAGCAACUUCACCUACGACCAGUACUGCACCCAGGAGUACAUCGUUUUUUGGAAUGUUCUCCAAUAACAGCCUGCCUCGGACACGUAGCAACAGCAUCAGUUGCAGCCCACUUUCAGCGGCUAUUAAUAUACCAGGUUCGUGUGCGCGGCGAUUAACACCCAGAGUGAAUCAACUGCGUGCUGAAGAAUGUGCUGACGUCAGCAAUCAGCGUGAAGUUGCGCACGAACGUGAAGUGCACAGCGCAAUGCAAAUGGGACAGUCAUAUGAAGAUCUGACUCUUGUCGGUGGACCGGCUAAUUCGCCAACACGCGUGCCUAGGUUUUCUACAGUGGUAUCUCCGUCUCCGCCACGGAAAUACACGACUCGCCGCAGUUUAUCCCCGAACCCCAUCAGGGCGUCGAGUUUCAGCCCCAUCCGGCCCAACGCACUCAUCGGCAAACGUCGCUGCGACGACGGGGAACAAUCUCUUUCGAAACGAAUGUGCACUGACCGGUUAACGCCAUCCACUCCCGGAACACCAGAUUCAGACUCCUCCGAGUGCACCUUCCGACCGGUCUCUCCCCGGGGGCAGCCGAUGAGUGAAUCGGAGCACACAAAUCAUAAAGCGAGCCCUAGCUAAUACCUAAUAGGACAAUGUAUGGUUUUAUUGGAAAGGUCUCUAUGGAAAGGUAGAACCAUAAAAUUCCGAUGGGUCGGUACUGUAGCUUUAGAAAUUUUGAUAGGACUCUGACAAGUGCAAUACUGGAAGAUCGACCUUGGAGAAAUUUUGGAGGCCUAAAUGGUUUGUGAACGUUCUGGUGCAUUUGAUGGUGAAUUGAAGUUGGAAGGGUUGUACUUUUGGAUACAUGUUAAAAACUGAUAAUCUCCACUCAGAAAUGACUUUCAAGCCAAAUUAGAUAUAUAAUAUCCCAGUGUAAUUAACAAUUUUAAUGGUGAUUGGCAGAACCUAAGUCUUUAACCCAGAUCGCAUCAAUUCACCCAUUUACGUGGCGUUAAGUUCCUAAUUAAACGUAGUAGGAAUGUAAGCGAGUGCCCAUUUAUAGCCAAAGCAUCAAAAACUUUAUUGUACAUAUAUAAAGCCUGUACAUAGCGGUAGUGUUAAGGAUUAUAGCCAUUAUUUAAGUUUUUUUUGGGCCAAUUCGCUCAUGUCAUCCCGCCUCACCAUAUAUAUAUGGCGCUUGUUAUAAAGAACUACGGGCAGCUUUCGAAUAACUUGCCAUAUGCGGAUCGUAUACGCGUAUACGUUUGGAAUACGCGUACACGUAUACGCAUAACGUCAAUGUGUAGGAGUGAUAGCGUCUUGAAAUUAAACUGGAUUAAAAACUAACCAGUGCGGCAUAUUUUAAAUGCUAUAUACAAUAUUGAUAAUUAGACAAUAAAAUUAAUGUACUGUGCGAAAGCAUUUAAAAUUGUAGUUAUUAAAAUUGCUGUUUUUGUCAAAUAUCUGAAAUUUCAAUACGAGACAAGUAAUCUGAUGUAAUUGUAUUAUUUCAAUGUAGCAUUUUUAAUUAAAUUUUAUUUUAAAAGAUGAAUAUCGCUUGCUCCCGGGACCAAAGUUGUAAAAGCAAAAAAAAUUGCAUGAAUAAUAAAAGAGAUACUAAGUAUAUAACAUAUACAAUUUUUUUUUUCAUUUACAUUGUUAAUAAUUGAAAAAAAAAUUUGUUUAAUUUUAGUGUAAAUAGUUUUAAAAAAUUGACGAAUGUCUAGAUUCUAGAAAAUUGUUUGUCAACAGUAUUUCCCAAGAUUUUUUGUGCUAAUAGUAAAACGAAAUGUGCUAAAAGUACCAAAUAGUAAAACGUGACUAUUUGGUACAUUAAACCUAAAAGAUGCUAUUUAUGUGUGUAAAGUAUCGGAAAGUCGAAAAUAUUAUUAACAGUAACGCAUAUUUCAAUCCCCGCCUCGCAUUGUAACGUUUUACCCAAACCCCCCCCCGUCCCCCCAAUUCGUUACGUAAAACUUUACGUUUACGUUUUAUUUUCUUACUAGGGUUGCCUGGAAGAGAUCGCUUGUUAGCGAUAAGGCCGCCCGUUGCAUCCCUUGUAAUUUUUAUGUAUUGUUUUAUUUGUGUUUCUUUGCAACGAAGUGUGAAUAAAUAAAUAAAACUUGAACGGUCUCUGAAAAACAUCAUCAAAAGUGAGAAAAUAAUCCCCGGGGCAAGCGAUAUGAUCUCUAAACAAAGUACCGAGUGCCAACAAUUAUGACACAAUUUUGUUGUGGUUUUUCUAUAUAGUAAAAAAUUCCCAAUAAAUAUUGGAAAAAUGAAAUUAACAUUGACAUAGUACAGUUAUAUGAACAUAGUUAAUUUAAACCCACUAGCGCCAUAAAACAUUGUAUAUUUGUUUGUUGUGUUCAUUAUUCGCCUGAACAUUAUUGUUUUGAUUGUACCAUAUUGGUAAAUUCUGUUGAAUGUUGUUAUAUUAAAGAUACCGAAUGAUUUUGUGGCAACGCGAAACUAAUGGCCGACGUCGAAUGCACAAAUGCUAUAACAAUAUUCAAUAGAAAAUAUAAUUGUGAUAUAUUUGAAUUAUUUUUGUAAUAAUUAGUAUUCUCGUCACGAGAAAAUACCUCAACGUGAAGUAUGAGCUGUUAAUGUGCAUUUUUUAUCUGUAUAAUAUUAGGUGGUAAGUGAAAGUAUCUAUUUAAAACUCUGGGAAAAUUUUGUCAUCAAUACGAUUUUUUUAUGGGGGGAAAAUGAGCCUACGGAUACCCGGAAAGGGGAGUCAUCACAGUCCAUGAACACCCAUUUUAGUGGGUGCGUUGCCGGCCUAUAGCAAAAGACAGAUUUCUGAAAUAUCAAAUCAAAAUCGGAUUCUUUGUAUGUGUAAAGAUAUAUCAUCAGUUUACUUAAGCUCAAGCGCUGGUUGUAUUAAAAUUUACGGUCCGGGGUUCGAUUUCCGACGAUAUGUUUCAUAAAUAAAAAUGGUGAUCGUUUAGUAAAGGAAGAGCAUCUUUGAAACUCAUGUAUCAAGACCUGAGUAUAAAAGUUCCAAAUGCACAAAACAUUUUGCCAAAUUAUCGUGCAAUUUUCCCAGAGUUUAUUUCAUAUCAAACCUUAUCCCACUUUACCUAUGUAGGUAUAUUUUGUAAUUUUUGUAUGUACAGUCAUUACGACAAUGGUAUAUCAUCUCAUUCAAGUGAUUAAAUCACGGUAUCAA